AUGUUCAGCAGCCUCGCCUCUCGGCUGCUAGGCUUCGCCUACUCGCUCGAUGACUACUACGGCCUGUCGGCGGCCACCUUUGAUGACCCGGGGGCAUCAGGGUACACGAACGUCACCGGCUCCUGCUGCGGGGGCAGGAGGCUCGGCGCCAUGGCGGACUGCCUGUCCAACGCCACGGUGUGCAGCAACCGCGACCAGCACACAUUCUAG